AUAUUUUAAGUUUAAACUGAGUUUGUACAGUCUGCUCCAGAAAGAUGUUUUAACACACAACGUGAAAUGAAAUGGAAUGCUUUCCAACUUUUGUUACUCUGGAAGUUGCUACUAUUUAUGUACUUUGUCUUUUCCAAGCAAGACAUCCAACAAAUGGAGAACUUCCUACACGUACCCUACGUCUCGUACACAUAGUAUACAGACAUGGGGAUAGGAGUGCCAUGCGUGGAUAUCCUUUGGAUCCCAUUAAAGAAUAUAACUGGUCACAGGGAUAUGGACAAUUAACAAAACUUGGGAUGGAUCAAGAGUACAGACUUGGACAAUCUGUGAGAGACUUGUACAUCAAAAAAUUAGACUUUUUGUCAACUUACUACAAUAGAAGUAAGGUGUUAGUGAGGAGUACAGACACAGACCGGACUUUGAUGAGUGCAUAUUGUGUGUUAGCUGGACUCUAUCCUUCACAGAACAUCACUCAGGCUUGGAAUAAUACUUGGCAGCCUAUCCCAGUCCAUACACUUCCACUGAACCAGGAUUAUUUGCUGAGUUCCCAUGCCACUUGUCCACUAUUGGAAUAUCUCCAUCAGGAAUUUAUUUCAAAGAAUCAGCAGCUUAAAGAUCUAAUCAAACAAAAACAGUGGUUAAUUCAACAUGUAGCCACCCACACAGGGCUUCCUCCAACUAUAGAUGGCCUCUUUGAAGUGCAGGAUCCUCUGUUUUGUGAGAACCAACAUAACAUGAUUAAUACUACAUCUGGUUGGUUGGCUGUUAACAGGACGUUCCUUGACAUCAUGGCAUUAAGGGAUUUGCCAAACAGCCUGCUGUAUCCUACCCCUCAAAUGGCCCGACUGCGAUCUGGUGUCCUUCUUUCUGAGAUUGUGUCCAAUAUGAAAGCCAAAAUAAGAAAGUCAUUGGACAGGGACUUAGUUCUCUAUUCUGCUCAUGACGACACAAUAGUUGGGUUGUUAUCUGCAUUGAAGUACUUCAGAUACCCAGACUUCCCUGCAGUACAGCCUCAGUAUUCAACAUCCAUUGCCAUAGAACUCCAUGAAAAUGGACCUUCUAAUUUUGUUGUAAAUGUUUACCUCAGAAAUGAAACCAACUCUCCAAAUCUUCAGCUCUAUCCUGUCCCUAUUCAGGGAUGCAAAGAUAGCUGCUCCUUUUCAAAUUUUACCAGUUUACUAUCGGACAUGAUGGUCACAGAUAUCAAAACAGAAUGUCAAUUAGAAAAGCCUAGGUCCAGAAAAAGUCAGACUCCAGAUAAUAUUCCACGAGGGGAUUCUUUUAUGGGUGUUGCUAUUUUGGGAGCACUGACAGGACUGUUUUUGGUCAUUCUGGUUGGAGCCUAUUGGAUUUACUGUAAACAAAAAAACAAUACUACAUAUCAGCUUAUACCAUUGACUGAGGAACCCUGAAAAAACAGAAACUACUAAGGAUAUUGAGAAAGUGCUCAUAAUUUGACAAGGAAUAAGAGCAAAUAAAUUUAUUGUUUAUAAAUUGUAAAGGUUUAAAUUACUCUGAACAUAAGAUAAUAUUGUCCAACCAGUAUCUUGUGAACCUUUUGCGUAAAAGACAUCGAAUUUGGCACUAUGGCACCCCUAAGGAGUAGAAGACCUAGUUGGUGUUUAAGUCACAAGGUUUGUGGACAUGAUAGAGAUCAAAUUUUAGUAUUAUGGUUGCCCCAGACUAGUGGAUAACCAAUUGUACUUGACAGAGAUUUAAACAACUUGUGCACUAGUUUUUGGAUUCAAUGAAUCAUGUUGCUAUGGUUACAGAGAAUAUAAAAAUUUCAGUGCAACUUUCCAAAACUCUACUCUUCCAACCGUUUUGACCGUCACGGUAGCUCAGUCGGUAGAGCACUCCAUGAUCUGAAGGUCGUAUGUUCAAAUCACGGCCGCAACUGACAUGUAAGUCUAUGGAAUGCCUCAACUGCCUUAUGUGGAGAACAUUCAUUAUAUGCUGAUACUUUGACAUUAUUUGCUGAUACUUUAACAUUAUAUGCUGAUAGUUUGUCAUUAUAUGCUGAUAGUUUGUCAUUAUAUGUUAUAUGCUGAUACUUCAACAUUAUAUGCUGAUACUUUAACAUUAUAUGAUGAUUGAUUGAUUUUAUGUUGUUUAACGUCCCAUUCGAGAAUUUUUCACUCAUAUAGGAACGUCACCAUAUACCGGUGAAGGGCUUUAAAUUUUGACCUUUACUCGGCACUCAGGGCCAUUGAGCAGUGAGGGAUCUUUAUCGUGCCAACGCCUGCCUUGACACGGGGCCUUGGUUUUUAAGGUUUCAUCCGAAGGACCUGCAACUUUCACUUCAAAGUGCUGAGCGCAUGGCGAAGGACUAGUUGCUACUCAUUUUUUAUCGACUUGGGUCAUUCGCGGCUGAGAUUUGAACUCACGACCUCCCGAUCAUGGAGCAAGCGCUCUACCGACUGAGCUACCGUGAACAGUACAUUAUAUGAUGAUACUUUAACAUAAUAUGAUGAUACUUCAUUAUAUGGUGCUUUAAAAGAUAACGUACGCUCAACUAGGACCUAAGGUCACCUGCUCAUUCACAACUAUCAAACCUGUUUACUCCGCGACAAAAUAUAGUGCAUUGCAACUGCAAAGUGAAAGUUGAGUAAAUCCUUCUACUGGAAGCCUUUACAUAUGUAAUAUACAACUAACAGAUAUUGCAUGUCUUUAAAGUAUAAUCAUCUGAUGUUAGAAAAGAUACAAAAGAGGGUCAAGCAAGCAACAUUAACUAUUAAAUUUUAGAGCUAUAUGAUAUAAUUUAUAUGCUAAUGAAUUACGUCAGGUGACCUGUGGUCUCCCUUAUGAUAAACCACGUUACGCGACCGUAUCAAAGUAACACACUAGCAAACCUCUGGUCUCCUUAUUAAUAUAUCAGAGUAGGUGACCUUUUGUCUCUGCAUGCGCAGAUCUACCAGGAAGGGGGGAUUAAUUAGAUCAUGCCCUCCUUGGAUUUUUCACUGAUACUUUUAGAUAAUGGUAUAAUGAUUUGGUGAUAAAUUACGUUAGGUGACCUCUGGUCUCCCAAAUAAUAUACCAAAAGUAGGAAACCUUAGCAAUAUACCGGUAACACUCUAGCUAUUCCUCUGGCCUCCAUAUUGAUAUUACAGAAAAGGUGUUUCCCUUGUAUUUGAUGAGUGAAAAUUUAAUGGAAGGGAGAUGCUGAACUCAAGUCACCACCCCCGCUAGAUCUGUAAAUGGCGAAACAAAACUAACCAAAAAUAGACUUAUCAAAAAUACUUAGAAAACACAGACCCCUUGAGAAUUUUUUCUUAGAAUGAUAUACAUGUUUAUGAAGACAAGCAAAUUGUCCAAACACACAACUCCAUUGCGACGAAAUAAAUUUAGUAAUUAUGGAGAAAUUGUGUACCUUUUUGUUUUUGCUUGUCAUUAAAAUCAGAGUCUGUGUUCGGAAAAUAAUACUUCAUAUUAAUAAUAAAAUAAUUCUUCAUCCUC